AUUCUGAAAUUUAUCACUGAUAAUUUUAUUAGAGCAAAGGUAAUUGAUAAUAUUAUCUGGAGGCAUAAAUAUGGAUGCUGCAUUUUGAAAUUAUUCAUCAUUCGUAAUCGAUUGUUCGACUCGAAUUCCUCCCACUGGAAACAUGAAGAAGUUUUACUUAUUUUGCGCUUGCUUCUUCAGUUUCUUGACAAUAUUAUUUGCAGCAGGACCUGUGAAGACAGGUUGCUUAAAAAAGGAAAAAGCUCUUGCCUUACUCGAAACAGCUGACAAUUUUCUGACGAAAGCAAGAGACGCUUAUCCUUCUUGCAAAAAGAAUUUAAAUUCUACUGAUGAAGCUGAUUGUGAUAGUGAGAAAUCUUUGGCUUACAUUGAAAUCUCAAAGAAGCUGAUUUCUGACGUGAAAGAAAACUUUCCAUCAUGUUCCAAGCCUAUUAUAGAUGACGAUCAAGAUGAUACAAAAGAAGAGAUGUUCAGGGACUGCUCCGAAAUUUUAGGAAAUGGACGCAUUAAAAGCGGAAUCUACAAAGUGUGGCUGAGUUUUUAUCCGAAUAUAAAACCAUUGAAAGUCUACUGCGAUAUGGAGAUAGAUGGCGGAGGGUGGACGGUGGUUCAAAGGAGAGGAAAAUUCCCAGUUCAACAAGACUUCUUUCUGGAUUGGGAAAGCUAUAAAAAUGGUUUUGGGAAUUUAACGGAAGAGUUUUGGUUAGGUAAUGAAAACAUUCGUGCUUUAUGUCUUAAAGGAUGUAAAAUACGUUUCGACCUCGUGGACAAGGAUGGAGUGAAACGUUUCGCUGUCUAUGAGAAAUUUAAUUUGACAGACAGCAAUUACACCAUUGAUAUCAGUGGUUAUUCAGGAAAUGCAACUGAUGCAAUGCGGCAUCAUAAUGGAUACGUAUUCUCCACAAAAGACAAAGACUUCAGCAAGAAAGCUAACGUAUACAUGUCAGGAUGGUGGCAUGGAGAAAGGUAUUAUUGCAAUUUAAAUGGCAUCUACGAACCAGGCAAAAGUGGUUCACAAUACGUUUACUGGUGGAAAGAAUCUAAUGACUAUUACAAUUUGUUAGCCGUUGAGAUGAAGGUGAAGCCAAACUAAAACGAAUAUCGUCUAUAUUGGAGAAGAUCCUUAAGCAUAACAGAAUGUAUCAAUUAUGUAUCACUUAUCAAUGUAUCAGUUAUAUACAUUAAUUAUUAAUGUAUCACUUGCAUAUAUUAAUUAUCAAUGAAUCAGUUAAGUAUAUUAAUUAUUAAUGCAUCAAUUACGUAUGUAAAUUAUCAAUGUAUCGAUUAUGUAUAUUGAUUUCAAUGUAUCAGUUAUACAUGUAAAUUAUCUAUGUAUCAAUUAUAUAUGUAAAUUAUCUAUGUAUCAGUUAUAAAUGUAAAUUAUCAAUGCAUCAGUUAUGUAUAUAAAUUAUUAAUGUAUCAAUCUUUUUUAUUUGCAUUGCAACUGAAAGCAUAAUUACAUUUUGUUAAACU